UUGAGCCGUUAAAAUUAUCACUAUAAGAUAUUGAUAACAGGAAAUAUUCAAUACCACAAACCGCGUAUCGAUGUUGUAAGCAACUGGACAAAGAAAUUUAUUGUUCUAAGAUUUAAGUUGGUAGCUCCGAAAUUUAAAUGGAGGGAAAAUUCAAACUUGAAAUUAAUUUAGGAAGUGAAAAUAUUACUGAAGACAUCAAGAUUGAUGUUGUUAAUAACGAUUAUUCGUAUAACAAUUUCUUUAAUCGAUACUUAAUAAAUAAUAAUCCAGUUGUAAUUAAGAACAUUUCAAAUUGGGAUUGUAUAAAAGAUUGGAUUAAUGAGGAUGGUAUAAAUUUUUCUUAUUUGGAGGAAAAAUAUGGAGAUUCACCAGUUAUGAUAUAUAAUUGCAAAAUACCUCAUUAUAAUAGUCAGAAAACUGAGUGCACAACCCUUCGAGACUAUUUAAACAGCUGGGCAAAAGCAAAAGAUGAUUUAUUGUAUUUAAAAGAUUGGCAUUUAAAAAAUCAAAAACCAGAUGAUAAUUUUUAUAGAGUUCCUAUUUAUUUUGCUUCUGAUUGGUUAAAUGAGUAUUUCUGCGAAUGUUUAAAAGAUGAUUAUAGAUUUGUUUAUAUUGGACCAAAAAAUACAUGGACACCAUUUCAUCAAGAUGUCUUUUCAUCUUACAGCUGGUCUACCAAUAUAUUCGGUCAAAAGAAAUGGUUGUUAUUUCCACCUGGUGAAGAAUUAAAACUUUUAGAUAACCUAGGAAAUUUACCAUAUGAUUUAGAAAAAGUUGAUUUAAAAAAUUGCAAAUAUUACGAAAUAAUUCAAGAAUCAUCAGAAGCGAUUUUCAUUCCAUCAGGAUGGUAUCAUCAAGUUUGGAAUUUAAAAGACAGCAUUUCGAUUAAUCAUAAUUGGGUAAAUGGAUGCAAUAUAAAAAUGAUGUGGAAAUCUUUAUGUGAUAACUUAAAUAACGUUCGAAAAGAAAUUGAGGAUUGUAAAGAAAUGGAAAACUUUGAGGAUCACUGUCAAGUAAUGUUAAAAGCAUCGUUUGGUAUUGAUUUACAGGGAUUUUAUGAAAUGUUGAGUUACAUUGCUGGUAAAAGGAUUAAUUUAUUGAAAAAUAACGUUGAAAUAAUUCUAUUUGAUUGUUAUUCAUUAGGGGAAAAUCAUGCAAUUUUUGAUCUUAAAUGUAUUUUGGAGAUUUUUGAGUUAUUUAUUCAAAAUGGUUUUGUUAGAUUUAUUAAUAAUAAGAAUGACUGUAUUUUUGAAUUGGUUGAAAAUAUUAAAGUAUGGGUUAAUUAAUAGAAUGUGUUAACGAUUUGAUGUAUCAGAAAUAUCAAAUGAAACAUGAUUAAAGAGACAAAUUACAGGGCACUACACUUUCUUGGUUGUCUUCAGUGACCAGCUCAGAAUAAUUUGUUGAUUAAUGUUUCUCUGAGGUUGACUAUUGUUAAAUUUCUUGUAACAUUUUCCAGGCAUAUGUUGAGAGUAAGUGUGUUAUAAUAGGGGGUUAGGCCGUCCCCCUAUUUCAGACCCUCUGUGAGGUACUAGCUUACAAAAAUCUGAGACUUAUCCCAAGAGGAACAUCUUUAUACUUCUUUUUUCAAAUAUGUCUGAAAAACUUAAAUCAUUCAAGUCAAACCACUUGAAAGAAAUAAGAAGAGCAACAAUUUAAAGUAUAAUUAAUUAAUAAACAGCAAAUAAUAAAUUUAUUAGCUUAAAAAUCGAUAACAAAAUAUAUAACUUUAUUACGCAUGCGCGUGAACUGUCAACAAUACAAUUUUCAUUGAAUUCAGUAAAACCCUAUUACUAUUUUAAAGUUUAAUUUUAUAAUAAUUCAUAAGUAUUAAUAUACUAUACAUUUUAAUAGUUUAUUUUUAUAAAAUUAUAUUUAUAAAUUUGAAUUUGUGUCAAUAAAUGAUGUGUAAGAACGUAAGAUGUCGCCACUUUAAGUUAAAAAUAAUUUGAAAGUAUGUUUUUAAAUUUAAAA